AUGUCGCAACCAGAGAUCAAGCAAGAGCGCGUCGACGCACUCAGGUCUCAAGCAUGGCCUUGCUCCAUUGAUAUUUUGAGAGAGAACUUCGAUAGCAUCUCUAGCAGCCCCGCCAGCCUCGCCCAGCCCUGCCCAGCGCCGGCCGCGCGCCGCCUCGCCCAGCCCCGCCCGGCGCCGCCCCGCCACCUCGCCCAGGCCCGUCCCGGCCUCCCCGGCUCACGCCUGCCCACGACCCGGUCCUGGCUGCCCCGGCGCCGCCCCAGCCCCACGCGUGAUGCCACGCCACGCCGCGCCGGCCGCCGCGCGCAGCCUCGCCAAGGCCCGCGCAGCUCCCGCCCUCUGCCCGCGCCGCGCCCACCCUAG